AUGGAAGUAAAUCAUUAUGUUGUUCUAGGGUUACCAUCAGGUAAAGAAGGUGCAAAAUUAACUGAUGCAGAAAUUAAUAAAGCUCAUAGAACAAAAGCCCUAGAAUUACAUCCAGAUAAACGUCCUGAUGAUCCUAAUGCAACUAGUGAUUUUCUUCAACUUCAAUCAUCGUACGAAAUUCUUAAAGAUGAAAAAAAACGUAAAGAGUUCAAUAAUAAACGCCACAUCAGUAAUCAAAACGUGAUUCAAGAAAACGCAAACGGAUGGAUGAUCUUGAUAAGCGAGAACAUGCUUCUUCUGCUCUAG